AUGGGCUCACGCCGGUUCAUCUCUUGGCAAUGCUCUAAAGGGUUUGCUCUUCAUGUGUUAGAUGAGUAUAGCAUUGCUAAGGCCCCCUCACCACAUUUGCAUGUGGCAGGAUUCGAACCAGAGACCCCCUCAGAAAGUAUUAGUACAACUACCGCUAAUUUCCUUGGCAACCAACUGGUAAAAGUGAAUAACAUCAAGUGCGCCGAUAACGAGAGACGUGAUCUCCUUAACAUCAAAUCUCUUCUUCGAGACCCUUUUGACGAAUUCUCUACAUGGAACGUAAAAGAAGAAGAAGACUGCUGCAAAUGGGAUGGAAUCAAGUGCAAUGACCAAACAGGUCAUGUCACAGAGCUUAACUUGGCCCCAUGGGGUCUCGAAGGUGAGAUCAGCCCUUCAUUGUUUAACUUAACCCACUUGACUCAUCUUUACCUUAGUUUUAAUUCUUUCAAUGGAACCGUUCCCGAAUCCAUCGGUUACUUGACUGAGUUAAGGGUUCUUGACCUUUCCUACAAUUCUUUUAGUGGAACUAUUCCAGAUGAGACCAUUCCUUCAGAAUUUGGAAACCUCACAAAUUUGCAAUCUCUCCGGCUAGAUGAUCUUGGAAAAUGCAGAGUUGAAAACAUAAAUUGGUUGUCUCGUUUGUCUAAUUUAGAGACCCUUAAUAUGAAAGGGGUUUCUCUAGCCAAAGCAGAUCAUUGGGUAGAUGCAAUUGCAGGCCUCCAAAAUCUAACAAGCUUAUAUUUGGAGGGCUGCAACCUCUCACAGGUCAUGCAUCCAUAUUCUUAUUCGUCUCAUGUCAACUCUUCUUCUAAUAUUCGUAUCCUUGAUCUCCAAAACAACAAUCUCAACUCAUCCAUGUAUCCUUGGUUGUACCCAUUAACUAGCAAUAACAGACUUGAAUAUCUUUUACUGGAUGGAAACAAGUUGGAUGAAUUCCCAAAAUAUCUUGGAAAUCUCUGUAAUUUAACACACUUAUAUUUCAACCACAACUCUGCACUCGUCAGAUUUUCUGAUUUUCUAAAAGCAUUGUCUGCUGGAUGCACAUCAGAUACAUUAACAAACUUAGAGGCUUCAAGUAGCCACUUUACAGGGUCAAUAUCUGACGACAUCCAACACUUCUCAUCCCUAGAACGAUUAUACCUAGGUCAGAAUCUGUUAAAUGGAACAAUAAGUGAAAUGUUGUGGGUACUACCCAACCUUAAAAUUCUAAAUGUCUCUUCCAAUUCUCUUAAAGGUACUAUCUUUGGAAAGACGGGGAGGUCAAUGCUUUGGUAUAUGGAUUUUUCAAAUAACUUGCUUCAAGGAGUUCUUUCCAAAAGUCGCAUGUCAAAUCUAUCUAACGUUGCACAUCUUGAUUUGAGCUCAUGUAGACUAGGUCCUCGCUUCCCCAAAUGGAUUCAAACAUUUAAAAAUCAAACCUCUCUAAUACAUCUUAACAUAGCCAAUACUGAGAUUUCAGACACAAUUCCCACGGACUUUUGGGACACUCUGCCUUCCCAGUUAACAUAUUUGAAUCUCUCAUCCAACAACAUCAUUGGGAAAGCACCAGAUUUAUUCUCAAGUUCUCACAGUGUAUCGUCAAUAGAUUUGAGUUCCAACAACUUUUACGGUCCAAUAGCAAAUGUUCCUUCCACUAUAACAAUACUAGAUCUUUCCAAAAACAAGUUCGAUGGAGGAAUUUCGUUUCUGUGCCAGCUUGCUGAUGAGCAUUUAUACUAUCUUGAUCUCUCACACAACAAAUUCACAGGGCAAAUCCCAAAUUGUUUGUGGAAUUUGACAAAACUCGUAGUUCUAAAUCUAGGAAACAACCACCUAUUCGGAAGGCUUCCCACUUCUAUUGGGUCUAUGAAUGAACUUGAGGUGUUGUAUCUAUACAACAAUGGCUUCUCCGGAGAUUUACCUAUGUCAUUAAAGAAUUGCACCAAGUUAACCUUUUUGAAUUUAGGGGCAAACAAGUUUUCGGGUAAUAUCCCUGUUUGGAUUGGGGAGAAUUUAUUAGGGUUGUAUGUUCUGAGCCUAACAUCAAACAAUUUCAUUGGACCCAUCCCAUUACAAUUUUGUCACCUUGUAAAUCUUCAAAUCCUAGAUUUGUCGACGAACAAUCUCAAUGGGAUCAUCCCCUCAUGUGUCAAUAAUUUUACUGCCAUGGUUCAAAAAGGUUUCUUAUCGACACACAACAUACACCAAUAUAUAAAUCCAAUGUUUAAGUCAUUGAGUAUUAUUUCAAACUCCUACAAAGUUGAUUAUGCUGAUCGUGCAAUGAUCCAGUGGCAAGGAAAUAUACGUGAAUUCAGCAGCAAUAUCAGAUUGUUGCGGAGCAUUGAUCUAUCAAGCAACAAUCUUACAGGAAAAAUCCCCAAUGAACUAACCGAUCUCACGGCAUUGCUGGCACUGAACUUGUCAAAUAAUGCUUUCCUUGGACAGAUUCCACAGAAAAUUGAUCAUCUGAAGGAACUUCAAAUUUUGGAUUUGUCUAGCAACAAUAUUUCAGGAGCGUUACCAUCAACCAUGUCUCAGAUUAAUUUUUUAAAUUAUCUAGAUGUGUCGUAUAAUAACUUGUCAGGGAGGAUUCCAAGGAGCACUCAACUCCAAUCCUUUGAACCUUCAAGGUACAUUGGUAAUGCAGGACUAUGUGGCCCUCCGUUGACCAAAAAUUGUGCAGGAGAUGAAGAAUUACAAGUACCAGCCACCGUUGGUGAAGGCAAGGGUGAGGAUGAAGGCAUAGAUGAAGUUGAGGGAUGGUUUUAUAUUGGCGGGGCUACCGGUUUUGCCGUAGGAUUUGGGACAGUAUGUACUGCGUUACUUCUCAACCGCCAUGGGAGACUUACUUUCUCUCACUUUAUUGAUACCUUGGGAGCCUGGGUUAAUGUUAAGGUGGAUGUGGUAUUCGUAGCAAUUUCAAAAGGCAGGAAAUAA